AUGGACCCACCUCCUGAUUUUGAUGAAAAGAUGUCAGUCCAAAGUACCAAACUUUUCUUGGCAAUAGGAACCACUCAACGGGAGGUGCUGGUCCAAAAGUUCCACUCGCCUCGAGUUGAUACAAUCCAACCCGACAAAACAAUUAUGGAACUGAUUGAUUCUGGAUACGGAAGCUUUCUCCUAAAAGAACUGCAUAGCUUCUAUCCGUCAGCGGCCACUGAGAAGAACGGAGUUGUGCUCUUCGCCAUGUUGUGUGGUUUUGUCUUCGCGAGCCGAGAAGAGAAAAACCGAAUGGAGACAGAGUACCUUGAUGCUCUCCGAGUAGCCACAACGCCUCUUUUUGAGAGUCUUGUGCAUAGUCCACGCAUGUUCAGGGUGUUCCUGGCGGCCACCAAAAAUAUGAGCAUCUCCUAUGACCACUCGGACUUGAUCAGUUCGUGGUAUCUCAAAAAGAGUGACGAGAAACUUGCCUAUAUGUUUCAUUUUUGGCGAUAUGGAAUUAUGCCACACGACGAAGUUUGGAAAACGUGCAAAUGGAUGUUGACGGACUCGGCUUUUGAGGAAAUGGCCAACAAAAUCAAAAACAUCGAGGAACAUGGUCUGGUUGAUUACCCACAUUUGGAAUCACUUUCGGGCAUUAUCGGCGAUGAAUCCAUCAUUCGCGGGCUCUCGAACUUCGCAAUAGCAUACUCGUUGACCCGUAGCGACAGAGUCUGCAUUCGUAACUGCCUCGGAAAUCCACAUUAUAUUCGGAAAACGUCGGCAGUGGAGAUCCUCCACAUUCGCAGAUCCUAUGAAAGCUACACUUUUUUUUCGCCAGAUAUUUAUCUGUGUAACCAACUAAUGAACGCGUACACCGACAUCUGCAAUUCAGACGGGGACAUUGCUAUAAAAGUGUUGGUGGUUUCCAUGAUACGCCAAGGUGUGACUGAUGAGGAGACCCAUGAAACCAGCACCGCUGUUUUGGAAGAUCUCAUGAGAAAUAGGGAGGCCAAAAUGUUUGCUGAACUCCCACACACUUGGGAUUCGCAAGGAUUCUACAGCAAGAGAGAUGGUGUCCUGGGUAAACUCGGUCAAGUUGAGUCUCAGGAAAACGACUGGCACAAGAUUAUGGGAGCGGCAAUGAAUACGAAAACCUUCUUCGAAUGUUUUGUCGUUGUCUGCAGUUACUUCAGCAACCUUACGUUCGGCGACAUCCUGGGCAGCUUUGAGUCCUACAAAGCACUUGUUAAUCCAUGUGCCAAGCUGAUUGUUGUUGCAAUGAACUACCAAGAAUGUACAUUUGAAGUCGGUACGAGAAGAGAUAUACUUUUUGUCAACGGUGUUGGGGAGCUGACUAUGUACCAAGUCGUUAAUUUCAUGUCUUUUCAACUUUGA